UUUGUCAAUCGGAACAGAACAGAACGAAGCGUAGCAGCGAGCCGGUAACAGUUCUAUUGUGAGAUCAGUGCAUAAAUAUUAAUAAUAAUAAUAAGCAAAGAAAGCAAAUAUUGUAUCUGUGAACCCAAGACAAUAUUUGUUCAACAAUAUUUAAAACCACAAAACAUUCAAAGGGUCCAGAAAAGUCACAAACAAUGAAGCUUCUAGCAAAUCUGAUGCUGAUCGCGCUAGUGGCGAGCGGAGCUCUUGCCCUGCCAGCGCGUAAUCCGCAGGAUGACGCCGAGGUGAUUUCGGUGCCGCGGCGCAGCGAGUCGGCUGAUCCGGUUUUCCGUGACUUUCAGGGCGUCAUUGAUACCGGAGUUGGAUAUCCCUUCCUGCAGCCAAAUCCCCCGCCUUUCGCGCAUAAUCUGGGCUUCUUCGAUUCAUUUGAAGAUAUUCUGCGUCGCUUCCGCGCUCGUCUCUGGCCCGUGGUCCCCUCUGAAGGCGGCAGCGAUGACUCGAACGACAGCUCCGAGUCCGGGCUGGGCUCUGCCUUCGGGUUUGGCCUGCGUCCUCUGAUUCCGCUGAAGCCGCUGGACCCCAAGAACGCCAACACCACGUCCACGGUUAAGGUGGUUGAUGGCCACAAGGUCGAGGUGAACGAAACGGUCUAUGGCGACGAAAACAACGUUUUCAAGGUGCGCGUGGUGAACGUGCGUCCUCUGGCCAGUGGUGAGGAGGUGGCAGAGGGUGUGAGCAGCAGCCAGGGAGGUGUUGGUGGCCAGCAGGCCCCUCAGUUGCCCAACUAUGGACCCAGCACUUCGGCCCCCAGAAAGCGCGGCGAGUUCGACGAGUCCGAGGAGGAUGAUCGCCGUGAGCCGCUGGAGAAACAGCCGGCCGAUAACGAGGUGCGCGACAUCGACAGCGCUCAGGUAUAAAGACAUCACUAAAUUGUGAAAAUGACAAUUUGAUAAACAUUAUACUUGUACAACUAAAAUUCUAACCAGGCGCAAAGUUAACUUUUUGAUUUAGAAAAGAAACUAUUAACUCACAUGCAAAUGCCUAAAAACUUACAGAUAUGGCGAAUAACUAUAACUUUGUUUAUGCGCAGCACUAACCGACCCUAUAUAUAAUGUACUUGUACUAUAUAUUUACCUAUAAACAAACCCUAUAUGCGAAAUGAAAAACUGUAAACUUGUAAUAUACGCAACUUUCUAAUUUUUCUAAAUAAAGUUUUGCAAACCAAA